AUGAAGCUGCAGACUGCCCUUGUGUUGGUCUGUCUAUUCAGGACAAGUUUCGCUCUUCCAUUGCAGUUUGGAAUUAUUGCAAGCAACAGCAAUGAGAUUCUAAGACUGAAUGGACUAACUCUUGCAACUCUUGGACAAACACAGCAGCAGCAGCAGCAGCAGCCGGAGGUGCUGCUCAAUCCACAGAUGGUGAACUUGAACCCUCAAGUGACCAAUCCCUUCGGCCCCCAGGGGCCCCAGCUGUUUUUCCCCGCCCAGGGCAACCAUUUUAUGCCUAUGCUCAUAUCAAACGGCCAGCAAGAGCAGCUUGGACCACCACAGGAUCCCAACUCUCCCAAUGUUCCUCAGCAGGCCCAAAACCCUUUUCAGGUGUUUCCACAUUUCCAGUACCCGUCUUAUGGAUUUCCUCAGCUUCCCAGAGAACAGGGCUUUUCGUACUUUUUCCCUCCUUACGGCUAUCCUCAGCAGAGGAACAAUGUGAUGCUGCAGCCCAACAACGGUCAACAGCAGCUGGAGAGAACCACACAGAGACCACAGCUCCCUCUGCAGACAUGGCCACUGGGAACACAGAAAGUGCCUGCUACAGCUCCUCCUCAUCCUCGUGGUGACACAUCUGGCCCAGGUGUUGAUGAGGGUCAGUCCAACUUCCCUUUCCUCUUCGAGCCUUAG